UAGAAUAGAAUAGAAUAGAAUAGAAUAGAAUAGAAUAGAAUAGAAUAACAGAGUUGGAAGGGACCUUGGAGGUCUUCAAGUCCAGCCCCCCCCCUCCCCCCGGCUUAGGCAGGAAACCCAGUUCAGACAAAUAUAUGGUAUAUUCUGAAAAAACUAUUUCAGGAUGAUUGAUAAUUUGCAACUUUUAGGUUACAUGGACAUGAUACCAGUAUGAUUUCAUAAUUUUUAAAAACUUUUUUUUAUUUCAAUCCAUGCUCAGCUUGAAAGUAAUCAUGUAACCUUUGUAUUUUUAGAGCCGAUCAAAGAAAAUUGACUGUUUUGCAAAACAGUCACUGAAAACAACUCACCAGCAUAUGAACACAAUGGGAAGAGAAUUACAUAAGCACAGAUCCAGACAGCUGGAAAAUCUUCAUUCCUGCCUCCUGAAAGAGCUUGAAAGUUUUGAAAGAGAUUCACAAAUAUUGAGAAAUAUUGAAAAAGAUUUUUCAAAUUUUUCAAAGAAGCAUUUUGAAACAUUUAGCACUUACAACAAGAAUGAGCAGCAGAGACUUCAGAAUCUUAGAACUUCAUUUGAGAAGAACAUUUACCAUACUGCUGAUCAAGAGGAAAAUAUUUUUCUGUCUCAGGUACAUUUUUUGAAAGAAGAUAUUAAUGGGAUUCAAGAUAAAUUUCUUAAGGAAAUGCAUGAAGAAGAAUUGCUUAAUGUUCGCAAAGGAUUGCAAUCACUCUUUAUGGCAGAAGAUAGAAAGUUGUAAUAUAAUUUAGAAUGUAAAUGCGAAAAAAUGAAACUGUAUAUAUUUAUACUGCAUUUUAAUGUGACCAGUAAACUAACUUCUGGGACAUUAUUAGUUAGACAUAAUUAUAAAGAGCAAACAAUUUUGAUGAAAAAAAUUCAGUUAUUGUAACUCAUUCAAGGUAAGGAUUUUAUUAAUUUUUUAAAUUUUAUUUAAAUGCAAUAUUAGAGAUAUUCCUAAUAUACAAUGGCCAUCUAACUACAACUGGCAUUCAUAGAACUUAGUCAUAAAUAACUUUAGAUGACUUGGAUCUAAUUUACAAAAGGCAAUCUAAAAUCCAAUUCUGUAUAUUCUGAGAAAUUCAGUUUCCUGACCAGUAACUUAUAAAGUAAACUGUUUUUUUGCCAUUAUGUUUGGGACAUAAUGUGGGACCGAUGUCCAUUAAAUCCUUCAGAAGUUUUAAUGUUCCUCUUUAUCCUGCACAAUGUCCAGCCACUCCAUGUCUUCUUUUGUAGUUUCUGAGGUUGUCCUUUUAAAAUCUCAGAAAUAACCAAUAGGAAGGAGAUAAUUUGAUCUGUUCUAUGUUCUCAGGACUAUUGUCCUGGAGGAAUUACUAGAUAAAACUUAUCAUAUAAUGAAUACAUUUGUUGUGUUUUGACUUAUUGGUUUUACUGAAUUUCUUUAACAGAGAGUAAAUCUAAAUUCAAUAUGCAGGUUCAUCAGAUACAUUUAAUAUUUUCAUAAUUUUACCAUUAAAACUAGCAAUAUACUAAGUAUAUAAUAAUUAGAAAUCUUUAGAGAUUAAAAAAAUAAAUUUAAAGGUUUUAUGAAGGUUUUUUUCCAAGUUCUUUGCCAUAAUAGUUUUAACUGAAAUUGCUGGUCUA